UACAAGAAACAUGGUACAGAAAGCAAAAAGAUAAUGACAAAUAAGGUUUAUAACACCAACUUAACUAUCCCAUGCUAUAUCCACCAUUUUUGCACGAUUAGAGAUCCACGGGUACGUCAUUGAUCAAAUCUCUUCAAAAACCAAAAUGGGGUACUGUGAGAUACAUUGUUGUGAGCAACGUCAAUCCUUGCCUUCCAAAGACUCCAUAUAGCGAUCAAGAUUAUUGCAUUUAUCAAUUUCCUCCAUUUUUUGUCUCCCGAAGAUUGGUUAUAAGUUGCAACUAGCGAGCUAGCUAGAUGGAUCCCAAAAGUGUAGACUUGGGUACUGACCAUGUCGUCAAUAUUAGUAUGAGCCAAGAGCAAGAUGUUAACAAUAAUCAUGACAUUUUGUCCAUGAGCCAGGAGUACGUGAUCUGUCUAGAAAAAGAAAUCAAUGACCUGAAUACCGCGACCCAGGAGCCUGAAACUAACGACGCGGAUGCAAAUACUUCCGUAGAGGCACCAACAUGCGAAAGAAAGGCUUGUAACAGUCUAACCAGUGAAGCGUAUAUGGAAUUUGGUGUUCCGUUGUAUGAAGCAGCAAUCACUGGGGAUUGGGAAGCUGCAAAGGUCCUCCUCGACAGACGUCCGGAGUUAGUACGGUUCGCUAUCACUCAACAUGGUGACACAAUGCUUCACGCUGCAGUAAGAGCUGAAGCUACCGAGCAGAGUGUAAGUUUCAUGGAAAAUCUAGUUGAAAUGAUGGAAAUUGAGGACUUGGAAAUUGAGAAUGACCGUGGCGAAUUGGCUUACGAGAUUGCAGCUAUAAAAGGAAAUAUUCAUAUGUUUAAGGUCAUAGUGAAUAAGCACAAAGACCUAUUGAGCAAAUUCCCUGAGAAAACUGAGGGGGCACUGCAUUUAAGUGCUAUAAAUGGACAUCAUGACAUGUCGUUGCAUUUCUAUAAUGUUGUUGAGGAGACGCCCCUUUGGUUUUGGGGAGACGGUGACCGGUGUAUUUUUUUCUUGAAUUGCCUUCAUGGUGGUUUGUUUGGUAUUGCAUUGAAAGUCUUGGAGGGCCACCCGAUUAUUGGUACUAGUUUCAAGACUUGUUUUACUGCACUAGAUCAUUUGGCUCGAAGGCCUGAUAGAGUUAAUAGAAUUGAAACUGAUACAUAUAUGAUUUGGAGAAUUGCGGAUUCAAUUCCUGCUUUCUUUCAUGUGAAGAAAAAGUCUCCCAAUGAAAGGGAUAAUCAAGCUUUGGAAUUAGUAAGACGCCUUUUGAAAUUGUAUCUCAUAUCCUUUCAACAUGAAGAUAUAGUCGGAAAUAUCGUAGCUUUGUACGAAUAUGGUGAUUUAGGAAUGGGUAUGAAUCCUUUUGGACUAUUAUUUACUGCCACAGAAAAGGACAACACCAGAUUUGUAAUUGAGCUGGUUAAGUUGUUUCCCAGUAUCAUAUACGAGACAAAAGAUGGUGGCAUAAGUAUAUUUCACAUUGCUAUUAAGCACCGGAACAAAGAUAUAUACAAUCUAUUGUACGAGACAGGCUUACACAAUGGUCCACUAGUUAACUGGGUAGAUAAUAAGCACAACAAUCUUCUUCAUUUAGUCGCGAUGACCUCAAACGAUAAAGCAAAACUUCAGACGGUCUCUGGAGCAUCUCUACUAAUGCAACGAGAGUUACUGUGGUAUAAGGAGAUAGAAAAGUUGGUGCCGCCUGGGUUUAGAAGUGCAAUGAACGAUGAUGGUAAAACGCCCUAUGAGUUAUUCUCAGAGAAUAAUCAAGAGUUAGUUUCCAAAGGCAUGAAAUGGACAAGAGAUUGCAUGGUGGUUGCCACUCUAAUAAUCACCGUAGCAUUUGCAGUUGCUUUCACAGUUCCUGGUGGCUACAACCAAGAGACUGGGAUUCCUAUCUUGGAUCAUGACACUAGUUUCUUGGUUUUCAUAAUAGCAGACGCAUUUUCCUUAUUCACUUCAUCAACUUCACUCCUAGUGUUCUUGUCUAUCCUUACAUCUCCUUAUGAUCAACGUGAUUUCUUGUAUGCAAUGCCUGGGAAGCUGAUGAUAGGUCUUGUGGCACUAUUUAUGUCUGUAGCGGCCAUGAUGGUCACCUUUGCUGCCAGCUUCUUUGUGAUUUACAAAAACACAUACAAAUGGCUACCAAUCCUUAUCAGUAUAUUUGCAGCUACACCGGUCAUCAUAUUUGCUGCAUUACAAUAUCCUUUUGUGAUGGAUAUGUAUCGUUCCAUGUUUGAUUCUAGGUACCUGUUUAAUACCAGGAAACGUGUACUUUACACCAAAAACAAGAGGUUGUAAAUGUUCAAUCUUCUCCUAGACAAGUGAAGUCAUUGUUUGAAGUGUGUUGGUAUCCACUUGGAUGUUGUUUUUGUUUAAUAAUGCAUAUUUUGACUUGGUUGUUA